AUGAAUUCCGCUGCCCCUUUAUGCACACCGAGUAAAACAUCGUUUAUCGGCGCCUUUACACAACAGCCGAUCAGUACAAAUAUUUUCAAGAUUAAUAUCAAGGACAAUGUCAACGCAACAAAUUCAUUUAUUUCACAACAAAGUAAACGACAUGUUGAUGAGAAGAACAUUCAAGAAACAGUUAUAAAAAAAUUUUCAUACGAAAAAAUAUUGGAGAUGUCUCGAGAUAUUAAAACUGGCUUAUUUUUAACGACAAGUACCUCGAAGAAAAAUUUGCAAUGCUCAUUAUUUUUACCCAAUUUAUCGUACAAAAUGCCAGUUUCUGUGAAUCUUAGCGAUUUGCAAUAUCCUAUCACACUUUUAUUUAUUGCUUAUCAUUGUUUGGACGUAAAACAUAGUAACAAGUUUCUUCAAGUGAUUGAUGAUUUUUUAAAUGAAUCAGCAACAACAAGUGAUAAAACAGGAAUUCAACAAUGGGUUGAGAGACUAAAAUAUCAACAUAGAGAAUUGCAGUAA